UUUAUUUCAGAUUUCUUCAAAAAUCUGGAAAGCACUUUAGUUUCGAAGCUUUACUGGACCAAGAUGGCUAUUCCUGUUAUAGAUUUUAGCGCUAUGGGUUUACAAAACAAGAAUCAGCCUUGGGCGGAAAAUAGCAAUGCUGUCAAAGACUUGGCUGAGGAACUCUACAACGCCUUUAGCACGGUUGGAUUUGUGUAUCUUAAAAACCAUGGGAUUCCGCAGGAAACAGUGCGUUUUUGUUCGAAUGUUUGUUUUGUCGUUGUUGUUGUAAAUGUUUUUAAAUUUAAGUUCAAAAACUGGGUAAAAAAGGGUCUAUAAGACGGUUGAGGCGAAAAAAAAGCACCUGCUAUGUUAGGCUUAAUUGUCCAUGUGUGCAUUUGUUAACUAGUCACAGAUGAUAGGUGCGUGCGCUUUUCAAUAGUUCUGGUGAAAAGCUUUUUCCAGCAGUCGAGGCUCGAUUUAGUACGUUACUAUUGCCGUUACCUACGAACGCAUACGCAUUCGCAGUCGUCGAUCCUUUUCACCCUGAGCGACGACCGAAAAAAUGGCUGCGUUUGCAGGCUACUGCAUGCCAUCGUUGUCGUUCAGUGUGGAAAAGAUUUAACAAAGAUGAAUGUAUGUUACUUACUCGUCCAGUCAACAGAUGACCUAAAAAGGCAUGAAAAAGUGGCCGCUUUAGAGAGCUGGAGGUUCGACAGUAUUUUGUGUCGUUAGUUCCCCUUUGAUCAUGAAUGACCUUGUGCCAGUCAUCGUUCUCAAGUGGAAUUCCACGUAUAAAAUAUACCAAGGUCUCGGGAAACCAUCUCUUGAUUCAUGUCAUUAUAACUUUCCAUUGAGUAGUUCCCUUGAAAUCGAUUGAAACUUCGCAAGAACUUGCUGAUAGAGCAGACAACUUGACUGGAGGAACAGUUAUUUUACUCACCCUUGAAGUUAAUUUCCUUGUUUAACUCUGCAGAUCGACUCUAUUUUUGUGGAGAUGGAUAAGUUCUUCGCCCUGAGUCAUGAAGUAAAAACGAAAUACAAAAGGGACUACAGAUUCUGCAGAGAUGGUUGGAAUCCUUUUGAAGCGGAAAGGUACUGAUGCGUGCCCAUUCCCUUAAUUUGUACUUAUGGUGCAAACAAUCGGCCAGAAUUGUGACAUGCAUGUGCGGUAAAGGUAGCACUGUAUUGCUGGUUUUCAGUGUCACGCCAUCCAAAAUAGAUCAAAAUAAAAAUCAAAACCAUUCGACAGUUAAAGUCCAGAAUCUGGGAAAUGGAUGGAGGUAAAUAUACAAAGACCCUCGCCAAGAUUUGGGUUGAAGGAAUAAUUCGUAUACGAGGUAUCCGAAGAAAUGUUUCACCCAAAUUUAUAGAGCUUUGUAUGGAGACACCAUGCUGGAGCUCAUCUGGAUGAGCUCCAACAUGGCGGACGGAAACCAACAGAAACAUCUGUUACCGAGUUCUGCUACAAAAGCGUGAAUUUACUCCUAGAGGAACUCAUAAACAUAAAAGUAAUACUUUUUCUAAAACUUGAACUGUUUAGAUAGCAAAAUUUCUCGAAAAAAGUCACUUUGUUAAUCUAAAUGACAGCCCUCUCGGCCGUCAUGGAAAUGCUGCGUCACGCAAAAGCUUAGAAAUUCAAGCUUACUCUAUUACAAAACCAAGAACCCUUUAGAAACGAAAAUUUGUUUGAAAACUAAUUUCAGCUGCUCUAAUACACGAUGAAAAUAAAAUCUCAGUAGGAUAGAUAGUUUUGUGGUUUGAAUUUUAGUGACGUCAUGUGAAAACCAACAUCAUUAGCUCUUGAGAAACAGAAAAAAACGGCCAUCCUUUCAAAGUUGCCUAGCCAAAAUGGGGGAGCAUUAAAUGAAAGAAGAUCAUCUUAGUUAUAGAAACAACUUUUGCAGCUUCGUAUAAGAUUUAGUCUGAAAUGAUGCAGGCUUAAUUAAACGGGAUUCGAACCCCGCUUGACCUCUGCGAUACCGAUGUCGCGCUCUACCAUUCGACCUAACAAACCGACCAGAAGCUGGUCUUUUAUUUGGGUCCUUUUUUAAAAACACCCAUGAGUCUCGCUUUGAAACAGACACUUGGGUCCACUGGGAAAUGGGCCAUUAUAGUCAAGUUGACUGGCUACAAAAUAUUCUUCCCAAGUGAUAGACGUUUUCAGUUUGCGUGGAUUUGUUUUCCCAUUUCAAACCAUGUGAUAGUGCCGUACCCUGGAAAACUGUUUCACGUGGUCUGAAUUGGGAAAACAAAACAUACAAGUCAAAAGGUCUAUUGAAUAAUAAUAAUAAUAAUAAUAAUAAUUUAAUGAUAAAAAUAAUAUAGUAAUAAACCAAACCCUUUUUGCUUUCUCUUCCUGCACAGCCUUAACUCAGAGAGACCACCAUGUUACAAAGAAACCUUGGAUUUGAAUUCAGUUCAUGAGGCAGAUUUUGUAAGUUUUAGUAGGUAGCUUGUUAACACUUGCAAUGGGUGCCAGAGUUUUUUUCCAUUUUUUCUUACCUAAUUCCUGAUAGUUUGCGGCGAAUAGAGGCGGACGGGUUAUUUCCUACCAGGUAUUUUGAUAACGGACCCCUGUUGCCAGUUAUUUAGCCAGGAAGUUUAUUCUACAAUUUCCUAAGAAAAAUUUUCAUUCUGACAGUCUGGGCCACAACCAGAUCUGGAUAUAUGAUGACGUCAUCUAAGUUUUGUCUGAAAGAGGUUUCAUUUGAAUUAUACCAUCAUAUAUAGUUUCGUCCUCUGAUUCAGACGUUUUCGUCCACAGAAUUAAAAUUUAGACCCGGUGAUAUAUGAAGAGAACGUACCCCGAGCAGGGUCGCCCUCUAACAGCGAGCGUUCCUGAUAUCAGAAAAAAGUUGGCCCCUUUGUCCUUGUCCUAGACAACAGAACUCGCACAUGCGUUAAUUGUCUCGCUUUGAUCUAGUUAACCCAGCUGGGCGAGCCAAGUGAGUGUAAGCCAGUGGAGGGUGACCCCGGGCCUACCUUCACAAAAGGUUGACCUACCUUGCCGGGUCACCCUUCUAGCCGAGCCAGCGCUAGCAUUUCUUUUAUCAUAAAAACGGUUUCGCGUAUAGCAGCAUAAAGACGAAUUUUCCGAGCCUUUAAAUGGGCGUCUUUAUUGGUUUACAAGAAUAUCGUUUUCUGAUUUGUGUUGUAAUUAUAUUUUUACAACUAGUUUCUUUCUUUUUCUUUUUUACCAUCAAUGUUCUUGUGUUGCAGAGAUGGCCCAACGAAGAGAUACCAAACUUCCAAAGCAACAUUACACGUGCCUAUGAGACCAUGACAGAGCUGAGCUUCAGGGUGCUAUCUGCCAUGGCUUUAGGUCUUCAAUUGGUAGGAAAAACAUGUUGACAUAACAAACGAUUACCGUGGCCUAAAAUCGAUAAAUGGAGAUUUUAUAUUCUAAGACGAGGACAACUACGAGUAGUACGGCGCAUUUGAAUAUAUCAUAGAUAUUUGCGCCUUAUAAGUUUUGAAUUAAUAAUUAAUACGAGAUUUUCUCGGUACUGAAGAAGUGCUCGCGCAAGAACCAGCACCAUCUUGGCGGGAAAACGUCUAACCAUCCGCCCGCACCACAGGGAAACAAAUGUAAAAUGUCACACUUUCUAGCUAAUGUAGGAGCCUGCAACCUGAUAUUGUACUUACAUCUGUUGUGGUCAAUUGACAGCUGUCAAAACGGGGUAUUCGCUAGCCAGUAUCACAUGACCAUAUCGCGGGCUCUGGUAUCGACCCAUCGACUACCUUUUAAAGUCAUCCGCUGACAAGUUACUAGUUCUUAACUGAUCGCGGGCCCAACCUCAAGUGGAUUUCUUUGUAAUGGUUACAAGUUUAUUUUUUGACGCAAAUUAUAAAUGUUUAGUGUAUUAAACGGGAGCUUCGCUUUUAGCUUUGGGUAAACCUAUACAUUAACUUAUUCUUUGAUUUCUUGAACAGAAACAUGACGCGUUUGCCCAUGCAUUUGAAAAAGCAGGCACUUUACAAGGAAAAACUUUGUUAAGGUAUAGUUACUACCCCACGAUAACUGAUAUGAGUAACGUCAAACCAGGUCAGCUUCGCUGUGGAGAGCAUACUGACUGGGGCGCCAUUACACUUCUGAUCCAGGAUGAUGUUGGUGGACUUGAGGUAAAGAAAGCUACCAUUAAUAAGGCCAAGCAAAUAAAAAUAAUAAUAAUAAACAAAGAAAUGUUUCUCCUCCCCUCCCGCUUCAUUUCUUGGGGUCGUCUAUUUUUCACUUAUCAUUUGUUAUUAGAAAUGAUGGAAUGAACAAAAACCAACACGAUUUACUUUCAACACCAGUUUUUCUACAAUCCUGCGUAACAGGCGUUUCUUUUCACAAAAAGAAACCUACUGACGUUUUUCAUGCACCUUGCCUAUUGAGGUAUACCGUACGACGCAUUACGUUGUUAAAACAUGUCUCAAACCAAAUUUGUGUUAAAUCAUUAUCUGACGUUUCAAUAUUAAUAUUUGACCGAAGAACUCCAACUAAUCCCCGAGCGAGCAUUCACUUGAAAACCUUGAAUAAAAAGGUCCGGAAAUAACAAAAACAAACGCCCGCCUGCUUUCUUUUUUCUAGAAAUCCGGACGAGAAACAUUCGUCUUUAUUUCUACUUGGCCCUACAUAACCAAGAAAAAAGCAUUCCCUUACACUAACAAGUCCAUUGCUUCUUAAUUUGCUUCAGAUACGCAACGUUGAUGGAAAAUUUGUUCGUGCCCCACCAAUGGAAGGAACAAUAGUGGUCAACAUUGGCGACAUGAUGGAAAGAUGGACGGCGGAUAAACUGAAAUCAACGGUAUGUUGGAGAAUGCAACCCUCAUACUAAGCCUUCGUUUCAAUGUUUUCACAAAUUGGUUAAUUUACCCCCGGGGGGUAAAACUCAAAAAAGUUCUACAAGGGGAGGCUCCGCCCCGAGGUCCAACUCCAUACUGUUUUCAUGCAUUUUUUUACAGAAAAGGCCAGGUCUAGAGCUCUGCAUCCCUUUUAACUGCUGUGAAUGCAUUGUCUUUAAAAUAUGAAAAAGUCAGAAAACCAGGAAUUUUUUCAUCACCACCAGGAACCCAUCAUUUGAUGGGCUCCUGUCGCCAUAAAUUCUUAACUUUUAUUAUUAGUAUUAACUUUUGUAGGUCUUUUUAUAGACGGAAAGACAGAUUUCCCUACCCCUUUAUAUACUUCAACUAGUGAAAUUCCUACCCUUUCAUAAACCUGAAGCCUGAAAAAGGUACCCCUUUCGGUAGGAACCUCCCAUUAUAGGGAAUACCCCCCGGAAAUUAAGUGAAAACACUUUUCCCCGACAAAAUGCAAGCUCCGGUUUAUCUCUGCAUGCGCAUGAUUAGCAUUAUAUACGAACAAAAAAAUUGUCAGCUAAACGUUUUUUCUCUGUCAAAAUAUUAAUUUCUUGAGUGUAUCGCUAGCUGAUUGAUUUGGAGAGCUCCUUAGGACUGUUCCAAAACGCUUAUACACGAAUUCCUCUGAUUCCUAACUAACGGCCCAGUGUAAACAAACAAGGGACUGCCUUAAAUUAACUUACUGAUUGUAUCUAAUUCGCGCAGGUUCAUCGUGUACUGAUACCCGAAGAGCAGAUCAAACGCCGUCACCGUCGUUCCUUGGCAUUAUUCUUUAACCCGGAUGUCGAUGCAGUUAUCACAUGUAUGGAUGGGUCUAACAAGUAUCCUCCAGUCACAUCCGGGGAGUGGAUCACAAUGAAACAGAAUUUGGCACACAAAUAA